CAUCCCUAUCACCCACACGACACAUCGCCUCGACCGGGCACGCACAGUCGAAGAUGAGGCGAUCCACGCCUCUCUUCGCCAUCUACUCCUCCAAGUCAAGACCUCCCGAUCUUGGCCAACACGUCUACGCCUUUCGACACAAAGAGACCAACCAGGUCUUGUACUCUCUCUAUCGCAGUCUCAAUGGAACUCGCUCUCUCCUUCAACUCCCUGACAUCGGCGCCAAUACUGCCCAAGCGACCGGCACCAUUCGUCGAGAUCUAUGGCAGCCUCUCUUCUCUGUCUCCUUCCCUCCAGCGCCCUCGCCAGCGAAUCCGAACGAGAACGUGCAAGGCCUGCACGCGUAUAGGCGACUUCGCGAAUGGCGGAGACUACACGAGCUCUACUGGAAGCCGCCCGCCUCCCUCAGCCAACCCUACACCGAGCAGCAAAAGGAGGCGCUGCAGAAGAGGCUUGAUGAGCGGGGAGGCAGCAAGAAGGAGACAAUCUAUAACUUGAUCAAGCGCGAGAAGAAGAAGGUCCGGCGGCGGGAGGUGAUGGAUCAAAAGGCGAAUUCUGUCGCAGAUCUCGCAGCGGUGUUGAUUGAGCAGCAGGAGGAAGGCGCUGUAAAGGGUGACCAUUCAUACAUACAACGACGACAGCGCCGUUUGGAUGAGGUGGAGGAAAUCCGGGAAUUGAGUAUGGCCGCGAGUAAGGACGGAUUCCAGAAGCUGGAUGCCGAGAUCGAGGCCCUGAAGCCCUACGCUGAGCGGCGGCUGGGUUACCGGAAGGAAGACGGCGCCAAGCUGAGCCAGAUCCGAGCACGCAGGCAAAUUUAUGAUGUGGAGGCGAAGAAGGCGCGGAUGCAGGCUGCCGUUGACGCAGUCGCCGCGUACCGCGAGGAGUUGCAAAAGACACAAGAGCCGGAGAGACCAGCCAAAUUGUCCACGCAGGUAGAAGAUCUGAUUCCCAAAAACGACCUGGACCAGCAAAAGGCUUUAGCUGCUGCGCAACAGCAAGUAUUGGACGGAAGUCUGGCAAAGCGAAUCAGCAAGCAGGAGGAAAGGGUGCAGAAGGCUAAAUUGGCGCAGGAGCAGGCUGUCGAGCACCUGCAGCGAAUGGAGCAGCAGCAAGAGGAGGCUCUCAAGAUGCAGCCGGACCCGGUGCCGGCUCCAGACUUUGGGCAAGAAACAGAGCAGAGUGAUGCAGCUCUGGCGGAGCCAAUGGAAGCCCAAGCUCAAGCUCAGAAAGAGCGCCAGCACGCUCAGGCUCCGAUUCAAAGGGAAUACAAGCUGGCUCUCAAAUACGCCCAGAAAAGGGUUGAACAAGCUCAAGCUCGGGCUCAAGGACGUCUCGAUACCGCCAAAACCCGGGUUGAACAGGCUCCAGCCCUCAUUGCCGAAGCCCAAGCCGAGCUCGACCGCCUUACAACCCUCCACAACGAAGCCCUCGCCCGGAACUCCGCCCUCUUCGACGACGCCAACCGCUCCGAAACUGAAACUCCCCUCUACCCGCUCCUCCCAUCUCUGCCCCCCGCCCCACCCCUCCCAGCAGACCUCUUCCCCCCUAACGCCCUCCGCGCGCACAUCCGCGCCCAGAAUCGUCAGCAAACGCCCUCUUUCAGCAUGCAAGGCGUGCGCAUCAAAUGGAGCGAUCCUCUCGAUGCGGAGUUUGCGCAGGCCUGGCCGCAAGCCGUGGAGCAUGCGCCUAUGGGGUUCGCGCGGCCUUCGGGCAUGCCGAGUCCGACGGCGCCGCCGAUCUAUGAUGCGGCGGAGAGGCGCGAGAGGGCCUAUUCUUACUUGGCGCGGAAGGGUGAGGCGAGGAACCGGGCUGUGCGGGAGAGGGCGGAGGCUGUAUUGAGUGCUGUCGAUGGGGUUGCUCGUCAGGGAAGGAUGCAGAAGCGGAGGGUGAAGGAGGAAGCGGUGGCUGUUGCUGACUGAGCUGUAGUACGGUUUUCUGGCUCGUUGCAGCAUUUGGCUGCCGGUUAUCCUGUGCUGGACAAUGGAUGAUGCAUGCGGGAAUUGUGUGGGAUGGAAGCAUGGCUGGAGCAUAGUUGUAUAUAUAUCGCACCAUAGUGCGGACGAGACCUUUCAGUCGACUGGUAGAUCGCUGCUCAAAAGACACUUCCGAGU